UCCAACCGGUAUGCCUGCAUCCUGACUGCUGAGGUGAAACCACUCAGGGCAGGUCAUUCUGUAGGCACCUGCGUCCCCAUCGUUGCCAAAGACGAUGAGGAGAGCUGUACUCAAGGAAGCCGCCAAGCGAUUCCCCUGGCUGGCUAAUGUCACCUUGUACGGAUGCUUAUUCGCCGGUGGUGACCUAGUCCACCAGCUCAUCGCUCAGAAGGAGCACAUGGACUGGAAACACACUCGCAAUGUCGCCAUCGUGGCAAUCAGCUUCCAGGGAAACUUUAACUACUUCUGGCUACGCGCCCUGGAGAGGCGCUUCCCUGGAAAGUCCGCCGGGAUGGUUUUCCGCAAACUGCUGCUGGACCAAAGCUUCGCGUCGCCUUUGGCCACCAGUGUCUUCUACACCGGGGUGAGCUUCUUGGAGGGAAAGGAGGACGUCCUUGAGGACUGGAGGGAGAAGUUCUUCAACACCUGGAAGACUGGACUCAUGUACUGGCCAUUCAUGCAGUUCCUCAACUUCGUCCUGAUGCCGUUGUACAUGCGGACUGCCUUCAUGGGCUGCUGCGCCUUCCUCUGGGCCACCUUCCUGUGCUUCUCUCGGCAGAACGGCGAUGGCACGGCCGGUGUGGCUUUCGCGUUCAUCAUGGACCCACGUAAAACUCUGGAGGAGAUGCGUGAGGCCCGGCUGGCCCGGAAGAAGCAAAAGACCCAACGGGAAAACUAAAGCGAGGAGGAAGGAGUGGAAGAGGAUGCUGCUUCAGUCAUUCAGGUUGUUGAGCCGUGGAGGAAAGAUCGAGAGCUCGUUACCUCCACUUAAACCAGCACGAUGAGAGCUGAGGAGUGAAGGAAAGCAAAAUCACUGAAUACUUUCACUGUCUGUCACGAGGUUUGACUGAUGUGGAUUUUGAAGGCGAGUUUUUAAAUUAAGGGCAUUGAUUGACAGGCAGGAGUCUGUCAAGGAAGUUUAUUGAUUCUUUUAUGGCGAUGAACGUUUUUAGGAUUUAUGAAAAUAUGAUGUUGUUUGCGUACCAAUUUAAAGGCUCUCCCAGCUACAGGAGAAUCUUCUAAAGCUACACAUUAAUGCAGUACUCCAGCUGGUACCCAGAACUCUUUAGUCAGUUUUGGUCAGCCUCAGGGUAAACGUCCGUCCUUUUUCAGGCAUUUUUAGUCUUUUUGGAGCAACCAAAGGUAAAAGUCCUGCAGUCCUGCUCACUUUUCUUCAGACCCUCUCCCUUAUUUUGCAUCUUUAUAUAAAGCAGUGGUAAAUCACACGAUUUAACUGUGCACAAACGACAACAUGAAGCUUGUCCUUCAUUUCUUGCUGCAAAGGUUCAUUCGGUGUGAAAACUUGUUAUUAUAUUUACUUCGAGUACACUGUGAGUCAAGGUCAAGGUCAUUAAACUGGUUCCUGCUCAGGGAAGCAUGAAGGCUCGUUUAAGCUCAUUAGAUCAGGUUAUUUAAUGUGUAGCUGAGACUUUUUUUGGGUCAAAUGAGGCUGCUGGUCGUCACCAUUCAACCUCAGGGAGCUUAGAAAUGCACCAAGAAGCUGCUGAGAUGCACUAUAUUGCCAAAAGUAUUUGCUCUUCUUCCUUCCUUUGACCAUUCAUCCACAAGCACCUUUGUGAGGUCAGACACUGAUGUUGGAUGAGAAGGCCCGACUCACAGACUCGGCUCUUCACCCCAAACGUCUCUUAUCAGGUUGAGGUCAGGACUCUGCAGGCCAGUCAAGCUCUUCCACACCAAACUGACUCAUUCAUGUCUUUAUGGACCUUGCUUUGUGCACUGGUGUGCAGUCACGUUGGAACAGGAAGGAGCCAUCCCCAAACUGUUCCCACAACGUUGGGAACAUGAAAACGUCCAAAAUGUCUUGGUGUGCUGAAGCAUGAAGAAUUCCUUCCAUUGGAACUGAGGGCCAAGCUCAGCCACACCAUAAUGCCCGCUCCACCAAACUUUACACUUGGCACAAUACAGUGAGAGAAGUACUGUUGUCCUGGCAACCACCAAACCCAGACCCGUCCAUCAGAUUGCCAGAUGGAGAAGUUUGAUUCAUCACUUCAGAGAACACAUCUCUGCUGCUCUAGAUGCUUUACACGCUGCAUCUGACCCUUUGCGUUGCACUUGGUGAUGUAAGGUUUGGUUGCCAUGGAAACCUAUUCUCUCGACUCUGUUCUUGAGUUAAUCUAAAGGUCACAUGAAGUUUGGAGGUCUGCAGCGAUCAACCUCUGCUCACUAUGCAGCUCUGCAUCCGCUGACCUGUGAUUUCAGGUCGGUCUACCUCUUUGUAGCUGAGUCGCUCUCUUUCUCACUCAC